UCGCUGGUUUCUUUCGGCCCCGGCUCGGAGCCUCUUUCCCUGGCCGCGGAGCAGGAGCAGGAGCAAGGAGCAGGAGCAGGAGCUCUCCCCGGGGAGCGCCGGCCGGUGCCGCUGCAGGAAGAGCCGUUCUCCCGACCCUGGAAGGCUCUGGGGCAGCUCGCCAGUCUCCCCGUUCGGGGGUCUGUGUGGGAAUCAGAGCAGCAUGGAUCGGUAUCGAUAUUUCAUCUUUAACCAGAGGAACAUGGUCGUGCUGGGGAUGUUCCAGAUAGCCUUCAGCACAGUCUGUGUCACCAGCGGGUUCAUAGAUGGUAUCUUCAGAACAGAGUCUCAGCUGGGCAAAACCAGAGCUCCGAUUUGGGCCGGCAUGGUGAUGGGAGUCCCAGGCGUCCUGGCUUUGUUCUCCUCGCAGAGGAAGAACCCAAUUCUCGUGAAUGUGCUGGUAGUUGCUUCCAUAAUCUCUUACGUUGCCAUCCUCGUUGUCAUAGUUUAUAGCUCCCUCACACUGAGCUAUGGUGAAGAGGAGGAGCCGAGUUCUGUCCCAGUCCAUGUUAUCCAUACUAGGUUCAUACUCAGUAAAGUUGUCAAGGCUGCUAACAUAGCCAUGCUGGCUGCAUCCAUCUGCAGUGCCUUUUUUGUUCUGGCCAUGGCUUACUUGGGAUGCCGGAGCCUUCCACGCUGCUCCUGCUACGACAGUGUAACCGGGAUGGAGUGGUUGCAACCUAAUGAGGACCAAAAUCAGGCUGUGGAAAUGGUUUGUGCUGUACAAAGUCCUGGAGGCAGAAAUUUUAACUUCCCAGAUCGGUUUCCAGCCCAGGAUGUAGAUGCAGAGGAAGACACAUCCAAACCCCCACCAUAUAUCAGACUGACUUGAAAAAGUGGCCGAACAUUUUGUUCAAACCUGACAAGAGAGACGCAGGAAGUUCUGAAUCUUUAAAGUUGGCUUUGCACUUUUCCUUGGCCAUUUGAAAGAACACAAACACACAGAGCAAACUAGUGAAUGGCCAGCACUGAGCAGAGAUCGCAGAGCAGAGGGAAAGAUCUGCUGGUGAUUUUGAACUUUCAGACUUUGUAUAGUGAAAAUACCUCAUUGCCUCUGGAAGGGGAGAGCAUUUUUUCCUCCAGCUUUUGUACUUAAAUCACGUCUUAUUUCACUAGAAUUCAUGGUGUAAUUUGUGUAGCAGUGC